UCUUUUUCAGUAUCGAGAAUCAGCAGCACCAUGCCUGAGCCAGCCAAGACCGCCCCCAAGAAGGGCUCGAAGAAAGCCGUGACUAAGACCGCCGGCAAAGGAGGCAAGAAGCGCAGAAAGUCCAGAAAGGAGAGCUACGCUAUAUACGUGUACAAAGUGCUGAAGCAGGUUCACCCCGACACCGGCAUUUCGUCCAAGGCGAUGGGAAUCAUGAAUUCGUUCGUUAACGACAUCUUCGAGCGCAUUGCCGGUGAGUCCUCUCGUCUGGCUCACUACAACAAACGCUCCACCAUCACUUCCCGGGAGAUCCAGACCGCCGUGCGCCUGUUGCUGCCCGGUGAGUUGGCCAAGCACGCCGUGUCCGAGGGCACCAAGGCCGUGACUAAAUACACCAGCUCCAAGUAAAGCGCGUCACCGCCGCCUUCAUCAACACAACGGCUCUUUUAAGAGCCACCCAUGUUGUCCGUCAAAGAGUGAUUUCCUGCCGUGUAGGCCCAGCAGACCAGAGCAAAGAGGACGACACUCGCCACAACAGAUUCGUAAAACAUCCGAAGAAUGGUAUUACAGAUGUUGAAAGAUCUGAGCCUUCUCAAAAAGUACAACCUGCUCUGUUCUUUCUUGUAGAGGGCCAUUGUGUUAAC